AUGCCGUCAGCGAAACCUGACUCACGUAAGCACAAGGCACAAACUGAAGCACAAAAAGACCCAUUGGAAAGCCUAUUGGCGCCAAGUGGGAGCUCGCAAAAUGCAGACGAUCAUAUUGAAACGCAACAUACUGACCAAGAAGUGCGGCCUCAUGACUCUAAGCAUCACCAGGCAGAAAAUUCUGACCAUGAGGGCUCUGAUGAUCUUUUCGACAUUACAGAUGAUGAUUAUGAUCACAAAAGUACGGAAGCCGGUGAUGAAGAGGAAGACGAGGAAGUUACAAGACUUACGGGUCCGAGUGCCCACGGAAAGGAUAAGGAUGUAGCGGGUGAGGAUUCAAUGGAUGAUAUGAUGGAAGAUUUAACUGACACGCAUGACGGGGCCACCGGUAUCCAUGAUGAGGAUUUAGACGGCCUUUCCACCGAUGGAACGGAAGAAAAUGAUGCCUCUGAGUCUGACGACAGGAAACUUCCAGGAGAGGUGACUGAGAGCCUCAUCAAACCCCUUGAUCACCAGCACGAAGUGAACGGGAAAACAACGGAUUCCGACGAUGAAGAUACACUUGUAGACGAAGUCGUGCCGAAACCAAAAGCUGAAACUAAAAAGCAAAUGAAAGAUUUCACACUCGAAGAUCUUGUUGCCGACAUGUCAAACGGCAAAAAAAUGCCAAAACGAAUGAAAAGACUGCAAAAAAAAGAUACCAACAGGGAUACAGCCGAAGAUGCAUUAACUAAGGAAAUUGAAGAAAUGGAUCUAGAAAAAAAACCCAAAGACGAUCUUGAGAGUCUUGAUUUGGAAUCACUUGAAGACAAAGAGAAAAACACUGACGACAGCGUGUCUUCUGCAGACAAUGGGGACGACGAAGAAUCCCUGCCAAUGCAUAUAGACGCUAAUGAAGAGGUUAACGCAGCGGACGAAUUCGAUAACAAAGCUGAUGAAGAUUUCCUGAGUGGGAUACAGCCGGAGUUCAACCGCAUCAACGAAGAGAGCAGAAUGACAAAGCGGAAGGCAAUCAAACGAACAAAUAGAACGCAGUUUAAGCCGCAGAUUGAGCUUGAAGAUGAUGGAACUAUUAACGCUGGGCUCGCGGCGGCCAUAAGGUAUCUCGGAUCCGGCUAUGACAUUGUGUUCGGUAACCCGCUGGGAGACCCGGUCAUUAUGGUAGAUCCUGGAUACAGAGAUCCGGUGCUCAAAUUGGACUGGACCGAAGACUAUCACAACCACGAUGGAGCAAACCUGAAAGAACCUCGCGGUGGCUGGAUCAGGCCGGAACUGUCCUGCAGACAAGCAGAGACGGUAGACCACGUGAACACAAUAGAAGACUACAAGAAGGAGCUUUCGGUCGAUGCCAAGAUAUCCGCCGAUAUUCCCUUCUACUUCGGUUUCAGUGCCUCGGGAGGAUACAAGACUUUUGUCAAAACGCUGUCUACAAACACGACCAAGAACUACAUCCUCAAAACGUACUGCCUCAGAUACGUCGCGGGCAUCCAGGAUUUCAAAAGCGUACAGCCAAUGCCAUCAUUCAAAAACGACGUGGAAGAGUUGCCCGAGAAGUUCGACUCGGAAUCCUGCACCAUGGAAAUAUACCGCAAUGACGAGGACGACAAAAAAUGCGUUGACUCGGUCCACCCGUGGAUAAAGUUUUUCAAGAAGUACGGAACACACUACACAACCGUAAUUCAUCUCGGUGGAAAAGUCACCAACCAAAUCCAAAUGAAGAAAACCGAUGUCGCUGCCAUUCAGAAGCACGGAUACAACAUCGACAGCUACAUCAAGGCAAACUCGGGCAUACCCUUCCUCAAUCUUGGGCAGGCAUCAUUCAACUCCGCCGGUGACAUGAGUUCGGACAGCAAGAAAAACAGCUUCAAGACUGAAAGGUCCAUCAUCGUCAUAGGAGGUGACGUGCCCACGGAUGGUACCGACAAGGUCAGCAUGCAAGAAUGGACAAGAAGCCUUUACCGAAAGCCGAUGCCCAUAAAGGUCAAUCUAGACAGCAUCAAAACACUUAUUGAGGAUAAGGAAAAGAGGGCCACGUUCGACGUCGCCCUGAAGUACUACUCGGAAUUGUACGGUAUUUCCCCAGACGAAAUAUACGCAGCUAAUGGUGUCAAAAACGGCAUCGCAACUAUGGCUAUGGGUGGCCAGGUUGUUACGUACGAGGGGUACACUGCGGGAAGUGCUGUCUGCCCUGACAACAAUGUGAUCAUGAUGGGAUUUGCCCUCACCGUUACCCGCAAAAGGAAACUUGUUUUCAACGACUCCUAUUUCGUGACCUCUAUCGCGCCGUGUCCGGUAGGAAAAGAGAAGUGCAUUGCCUCGGGGUCGGAUCCAAAUUCGGAAGUCAGGGUGUGGAUUCUCUGUGGAAAGGAGCCCAUUCCGUUACUCAUUCAGGAAACCGCCGUCUCCUCAAACGCGACGGCAGUAGCGUCGUGUCCAGCUGAUUACACUAUUGCAUUCGGAUUCGGCAUAUCCAUCCCCAAGGGCUUGAGGAUCACCAACGCAGACAGCUAUGCCUGCAGAUCCGGACAGAGCUCCUGCACCCACACCUCCAGUAACAAAUCGUACAAUGCAGUUUGGAUCGCUUGUGUGGAAAAGAACGCUCCUGAAUUGAGCAACAUCACCAGCCACGCAGUGGUCUCCGCGACCUCCGCUUGUCCCACACAGUCUCAUACGUCGUAUGUGGACAACAAAUGCCCCCAGAACUCCAAACUAAUCACUUCGUGGAAGAUCAACGUCACGAAAAAGGAAGACAGACAGGAACAGCUUUUGGACAACUGCUCCAAGGAGUGGAACGGAUGCAAGGUCGACAAUCAUUUCAAGCGGUCUGAGGACACAUGCAAGGCGCAAUACUCGUGGAUAGCCUGCUACACUCCUCCACAAUUUCUGAAAGACAGAGAGUGA